GCCCGAGUGACUCCGGCGUUGCGCGUGGCUGAGGGGCCGCCAUGGCCCAGCAGGGCGGACGGGGCGACGGGGCGAGGGCUGCGCUGUCCCUGGACGAGGAGGGCGGCGGGCCUCUGGCGGGGCUGUGGCCGGCCUUCGUGGUGGCGCUGGUGGCCGCAGUCGUCGCCUGGCUGUGGUACGGAGGGAAGGGCGAGAAGAAGGAGGCGGCCGCCGCCACCGCCGCCGCCCAGGCGGGCUCCCCUCUGCCGCCGCCCUACAGGGAAGCCGCGCCAGGCGAAGGACCACACUGGGGAAGCUACAACCGUCCUGCAUCUGAAACAAAGCCAAACGACGUGUCUGCUUGUUGGGAACCUGCACGGAACCCGCUGGUUUCUCCAGGAGAACACAGCAUCCCGAGAGAGACUCCGGAAAGCGAGCCAGUUGUCAAAGAGCCUGUAUCCCCCUUAACGAACUGCAAGGAACCCCCAAGGAAUGAAACGUUUGAUUUCCCUGCCGCAGCAUCAGAACCACCACAGACGGAAGAAACUGACACGGGUGGUACGGGCACUUCAGCCGAAGCAGGUGCCCCCGGCAACCCCCACCCAUUGAAACGCCGAGAAAAGCUGCAGCACAACUCUCUCGAUCACGACUGGGAAAUCGUCCCUGAGCACUCGGCGUGGGGCGACACCACCAGGAACGUCGGCCCCGAAGAUGCCAGCGGCAGCAAGGACCCGGAACAAGCCAAGCGGGUGGCGGCGGUGUCCCCGAUGCCCCAGACUGUCCACGUGACUUUCCGCGUGCACUACAUCACUUACUCGGAAACGCAGCUGAUAGCCGUCACGGGCGACCACGAGUGUCUUGGCCAGUGGCAGCACUACGCGCCGCUGAAAUGCGAGAAGGACGGGUUCUGGUCAGACUCUGUCGCCUUCCCCGUAGACACCAGAGUGGAGUGGAAAUUCAUUGUGGUGGAGAACGGAAAGGUCAGGCGGUGGGAAGAGUGUGACAAUCGAACCCUGAUGACGGAACACGAGGAUCGGGUCGUCCAUAAGUGGUGGGGAUAUCACUGAAUGGGGAGCUCUGCGCAAGCGGGAGGGGCUCUAGUUUUAUUCCAUUUCCUAGUAGGAGUCGCCACCCCCUUAUCACUCUGUCUUAGUAUAUCUCUAUGCUGCAUGUCUUGCCAGAACUGCCUUAGAUUAAAAGCCUCUCUCCUCUGGCUAGAAUAGGCUUUUAAGAUGAGAGGAGACUCUUCAAAAUGAAGUCAGACCAAAGCCUUUCUAGUAGCAAGCGUUUCCGAGGUCACUAAUUAGCUGUUUUGUUUUGUUUUUUUUAACAAAGCACCCUGCGUAACAAGCUUUAAAUCCUAAAAUUUUGAGAGAGUUUGAACUGUGGAACAGGAGCUGGUGUAGUUAAGCUGCACUGUAACUGCUAAAAGCUGUCUUUAACUUAUUGUUUACUGCAAAAGGAAAGCAAUAAAGAUUACUUUUAGA